AUGCGCCGGCGAGGAAGAUUCAGGUAUUUAAAAGAGUGUUCCUCAAAGAGCGAUGCUGAAUGCACAUGCAAGGAGGGGUAUCGCUGCAGCGGCGACAGCUGCUCCCGCUGUGACCAAAGCUGCGGCGUGGGCCAGGAGCACACCGGGAGCGGUUGCCAAACUUGCCGCUAUGGAACUUUUAAUGAUCAGUCCAAUGGCUCCUGUAAAAACUGGACAAAGUGCUCUGCAAACCAGGUCCUGGAGCCUGGAACUGCAGCAAAAGAUGUCAUUUGCAAACACGCUCCAGAUAAUGCCACUUUAGUCACUACUCUGCCUACCACAUCUCCUGCAAUUCCAUUUUCUAUCCCUGUGCCAGGGAAGGACCUCCAGAUGGACAUUAUCAGAAUUUCUCUUACUGUAGCUGGGCUUUUGUGCAUACUGUUUCUGCUACCUUCGUGCGUGUGCUUCAGUAUCUGGCAGAAAAAGAAACUACAUGCUGUCUUCAAGAAAAUGCACACCACACCUGAACAGUCAAUUCAGGAAGAUGAUGCCUGCAGCUGCCGCUUUCCUGAGGAAGAACAAGGUGAAUAUCAGGACCAUGGCAAAUCCACAGAAUUCAGAGAUCUUUUGGUGAACUAGGAACCACAUUUUAACUUCCUUUUGGAAUGCAGAACAAGAACCUGUUUACAUAAAUAG